AUUGAUAAUUGUGUCCAGAGCAGAAUUUGGAAUCUUAAGAACACGUCGGUGUGCGGAGCCUGUAGUCUGGAGGGGUCCUCGCGUGACUUUCUGCUCAGGCAUCGCUGCGGGUAGGCCGACCCCCCCCUCGAGGGUCCUCCUGCAGCAGGCGCACUCCGGCAGUGCACCUCCAAGAUGGCGGCGCUGUUGGCGGUAAAUUCGGCUGCUAGCCUAUGGGGACCUUACAAAGACAUCUGGCACACAGUUGGAAAUGCUCUUUGGAGAAGGCAACCUGAAGCUGUCCACCUCCUUGACAUGAUUUUGAAGAAACACAAACCUGACUUCAUCUCCUUGUUCAAAAACCCACCAAAAAAUGUCCAACAGCACGAGAAAGUUCAGAAAGCCAGUUCGGAGGGAGUCGCCAUCCAGGGUCAACAGGGAACCCGACUUCUUCCUGAGCAGCUCAUUAAAGAAGCCUUCAUCCUCAGCGACCUUUUUGAUAUUGGGGAACUGUCAGCUGUUGAGCUUCUUCUUGCCGGAGAGCAUCAACAGCCGCAUUUCCCUGGGCUCACCCGAGGCUUAGUAGCCGUCCUUUUAUACUGGGAUGGAAAGCGGUGCAUUGCAAAUUCCCUCAGAACCCUGAUACAGUCUAGACGGGGGAAGACAUGGACACUAGAACUCAGUCCAGAACUGGUUUCCAUGACAACACGCUUUACCGAUGAGCUGAUGGAGCAAGGAUUGACUUACAAAGUCCUUACUUUGCUGUCGCAGAUUGAUGUGAAUAAUGAGUUUGAAAAACUACAGCGCGACAGAGGCUUGGGCAGUGAGAAACACCGCAAAGAGGUAUCUGAUCUCAUUAAAGAGUGCAGGCAGUCUCUGGCAGAAAGUCUUUUUGCCUGGGCUUGCCAGUCACCGUUAGGCAAAGAUGACACCCUUCUCCUUAUUGGGCAUUUGGAAAGAGUGACAGUUGAAGCUAAUGGCUCCUUGGAUGCGGUGAAUCUGGCUCUCCUUAUGGCCCUUCUAUACUGUUUUGAUACCAGCUUUAUAGAACAAAGCACAGAGGAACGAGAUGAUAUGAUUCAUCAACUUCCACUGUUGACAGAGAGACAGUACAUUGCCACAAUUCAUGCACGUCUCCAGGACUCCCAACCCUGGAAGCUUCCUGGCUUGCAGGCCACUGUUCGACUUGCCUGGGCCCUGGCACUGAGGGGAGUUUCCCAGUUGCCUGAUGUGACAGCUCUGGCUGAAUUCACAGAAGCAGAUGAGGCAAUGGCAGAACUUGCGAUUGCCGACAGUGUUUUCCUCUUCCUUACUGAAUCUGUGGUGGUGUCAGAAAACUUCUAUCAAGAAGAAUUCUAUAUUCGUAGGACGCAUAAUCUCAUUACAGACUUCCUUGCAUUUAUGCCAAUGAAAGUGAAACAGCUAAAGAAUCGGGCAGAUGAAGAUGCUCGAAUGAUUCAUAUGAGUAUACAGAUGGGAAAUGAACCCCCCAUUUCACUAAGAAGGGACCUGGAACACUUAAUGCUCUUGAUUGGUGAACUAUAUAAGAAAAAUCCUUUUCAUUUGGAGCUUGCCCUAGAAUAUUGGUGUCCCUCCGAGCCUCUCCAGACACCCACUAUCAUGGGUUCAUACCUAGGAGUAGCUCAUCAGCGACCCCCUCAACGCCAGGUUGUCUUGUCAAAGUUUGUUAGGCAAAUGGGUGACCUGUUGCCUCCAACUAUUUAUAUUCCUUAUCUAAAAAUGCUCCAGGGAUUGGCCAAUGGGCCUCAGUGUGCUCACUACUGUUUUAGCCUGCUCAAAGUCAAUGGUAGUAGUCACGUUGAGAACAUUCAGGGAGCAGGUGGCUGUCCUGUUUCCUGGGAGCAUUUCUUUCACUCCUUACUGCUUUACCAUGAGCAUCUACGGAAGGAUCUGCCAAGUGCAGACAGUGUCCAGUACCGUCACCUUCCUUCACGUGGCAUCACCCAGAAGGAGCAAGAUGGGCUGAUUGCAUUUCUGCAGCUCACAUCUACUAUCAUUACUUGGAGUGAAAAUGCUCGCUUGGCACUUUGUGAGCACCCUCAGUGGACGCCUGUUGUGCUGAUCUUGGGGCUCCUGCAGUGCAGUAUUCCCCCAGUUCUCAAGGCUGAGCUACUGAAGACACUUGCAGCUUUUGGAAAGUCUCCUGAAAUUGCUGCUUCCCUUUGGCAGUCAUUGGAAUACACUCAGAUACUGCAGACCGUCAGGGUUCCAAGCCAGAGGCAGGCUAUUGGUAUUGAGGUUGAACUCAAUGAAAUAGAAUCCCGGUGUGAAGAAUACCCCUUGACUCGGGCCUUUUGCCAGUUGAUUAGUACCCUGGUGGAGAGCUCAUUUCCUUCCAAUCUCGGUGCUGGUCUGCGCCCCCCUGGCUUUGACCCUUAUUUGCAGUUCCUAAGAGAUUCUGUGUUUCUCCGAUUCCGUACAAGAGCUUACCGGAGAGCAGCUGAAAAGUGGGAAGUUGCUGAGGUUGUUUUGGAGGUGUUUCAUAAACUGCUAAGAGAUUAUGAACCUCAGCUUGAAGAUUUUGUAGACCAGUUUGUGGAACUACAAGGAGAGGAGAUCAUAGCUUAUAAGCCACCUGGCUUCAGUCUGAUGUAUCAUCUUCUGAAUGAGUCACCCAUGUUAGAACUGGCACUCAGUUUACUGGAAGAAGGAGUGAAGCAGCUCGAUACCUAUGCUCCUUUUCCUGGAAAAAAACAUCUGGAAAAAGCGGUACAGCAUUGCCUCGCACUUCUUAAUCUGACACUGCAAAAGGAAAAUCUCUUCAUGGAUCUUCUCAGGGAGAGUCAGCUGGCUCUCAUAGUCUCUCCUUUGGAACAGCUGCUGCAGGGGAUUAAUCCCAGAACUAAGAAGGCAGACAACGUGGUCAGCAUUGCCAGGUAUCUGUAUCAUGGGAACACUAAUCCUGAGUUGGCAUUUGAGAGUGCCAAGAUUCUCUGCUGUAUCUCCUGCAAUUCUAACAUUCAGAUCAAAAUGGUUGGUGAUUUCACACAUGACCAGAAUGUGAGCCAGAAGCUGAUGGCUGGAUUUGUGGACUGUUUGGACAGUGAAGAUAUGGAAGAAUUUGUACGUGUAGAAGAGGGUUCAGAGACUGAAAAGAAGUUAGCUGUAAUCCGUCAUGAAACAAGAAUCCACAUUUUGAAUCUUCUCAUCACAUCUCUGGAACGCAAUCCACCCAAUCUUGCUCUCUACCUGUUGGGCUUUGAAUUGAAGAAACCUGUCAGUACCACAAACCUACAAGACCCAGGAGUGUUAGGCUGCCCUCGGACGUGCCUGCAUGCCAUCCUCAACAUCCUGGAGAAAGGGACGAAGGGGAGAACUGGCCCUGUGGCAGUGCGGGAGUAUCCUCAGCUGGCUGAGCUGUGCUACCAGGUGAUAUACCAGCUAUGUGCAUGCUCUGAUACAUCUGGCCCUACUAUGAGGUAUUUGAGAACCAGCCAGGAUUUCUUAUUUUCCCAGUUGCAGCAUCUACCUUUCUCUAACAAAGACUAUGAAAUUUCUAUGCUGAACCAAAUGUCAUGGCUUAUGAAGACUGCUUCAAUAGAGUUAAGGGUAACUUCUCUGAAUCGUCAGCGGUCACAUACCCAGAGGCUCCUGCACCUCCUCCUGGAUGACAUGCCAGUGAAACCUUACUCAGAUGGUGAAGGCGGAAUAGAAGAUGAAAAUAGAUCUGUCUCUGGGUUCCUUCAUUUUGACACUGCUACAAAAGUACGUCGAAAAAUUCUGAGCAUUCUUGACUCAAUUGACUUCAGUCAGGAGAUUCCUGAGCCUUUGCAGUUGGAUUUUUUUGAUCGUGCCCAGAUUGAACAGGUUAUUGCUAACUGUGAGCACAAGAAUUUACGGGGGCAGACAGUCUGCAAUGUCAAGCUUCUUCAUAGGGUUCUGGUAGCUGAAGUGAACGCUCUUCAGGGUAUGGCUGCCAUAGGACAGAGGCCUCUGCUCAUGGAGGAAAUUAGCACUAUUCUUCAGUAUGUAGUAGGAAGAAACAGAUUACUGCAGUGUCUUCAUGCAAAGCGACAUGUGCUCGAGUCAUGGAGGCAACUGGUAGAAAUUAUUCUGACAGCUUGUCCCCAGGACCUCAUUCAGGCAGAAGAUCGGCAGCUGAUCAUUCGUGAUAUUUUACAAGAUGUGCAUGAUAAGGUCCUGGAUGAUGAAGCAGCACAGGAAUUAAUGCCAGUAGUUGCUGGUGCUGUAUUCACACUGACCGCUCACCUAAGCCAGGCUGUACGCACAGAACAGAAGCAGCCACUGACCUUGGGACCCGGAGAGGCCCAUUAUGCUUUUAUGCUUGAUAGUUCUUUGACCUCACCUCCUGCAGUGGAGGCCCUGCCACUGGGGUUUGCUUCUAUUGGAGAUUCUUCACUUCACAUCAUAUUGAAGAAACUGUUAGACUUCAUUUUGAAGACAGGUGGCGGAUUCCAGCGAGUGAGGACCCACCUCUACGGCUCUCUGCUUUAUUACCUGCAGAUUGCCCAGAGACCGGAUGAACCAGACACGCUAGAAGCUGCCAAGAAAACCAUGUGGGAAAGACUGACAGCCCCUGAAGAUGUGUUUAGUAAAUUACAACGAGAAAACAUCUCUAUCAUUGAGAGUUAUGGAGCAGCCCUCAUGGAAGUGGUCUGUCGAGAUGCUUGUGAUGGACAUGAGAUUGGCAGGAUGCUGGCCCUGGCUCUCCUCGACCGGAUUGUCUCUGUGGAUAAGCAGCAGCAGUGGCUUUUGUAUCUUUCUAACAGUGGCUAUUUGAAGGUCCUUGUGGACAGCUUGGUGGAAGACGACCGUACUUUGCAGAGCUUACUCACUCCACAACCUCCCCUUUUAAAAGCCCUUUAUACUUAUGAAUCCAAAAUGGCAUUUCUCACAAGAGUGGCUAAGAUGCAGCAGGGUGCUUUAGAGUUGCUGAGAUCCGGUGUGGUUGUGAGACUAGCCCAAUGCCAAGUCUAUGACAUGCGCCCAGAAAUGGAGCCGCAUGGCAUGUUUGGCAUGAGAGACCCUCCAUUGUUCAUCCCAACGCCCGUGGAUCGCUACCGGCAGAUUCUCCUUCCAGCCCUCCAGCUGUGCCAGGUCAUCCUCAUGUCAAGUGUGUCCCAGCACUUGCAGGCAGCAGGCCAGGUGUUCCAGUUUCUCAUUUCGCAUUCCGAUACCAUACAAGCCAUUCUGCGCUGUCAGGAUCUCAGCGCCGGCUCUCUACAGGAACUGGCUCUGCUGACAGGAAUUAUAAGUAAAGCGGCACUUCCAGGUAUAUUGAGUGAACUUGAUGUUGAUGUGAAUGAAGGCUCUCUGAUGGAACUCCACGGACAUAUUGCAAGAUUCCAGCGCCAGUGUUUAGGACUACUGAGUCGUUUUGGUGGCUCGGACAGACUGCGUCAGUUUAAAUUUCAAGAUGAUACUGUAGAAGGAGAUCGGGUGAGCAAGAAAGAUGAGAUUGAGCUGGCCAUGCAGCAGAUUUGUGCCAAUGUAAUGGAAUAUUGCCAGGCACUUAUACUACAGAGCUCCCCUACCCUACAGCAUGCUAUGUGUCUCUUCACCCCUAGCCUUUCAGAGACCGUUAAUAGAGAUGGACCUCGGCAAGACACCCAAGUUCCAGUGGUUCCUUAUUGGCGUUUGCCUGGUUUGGGCAUUAUUAUCUACCUGCUGAGACAGAGUGCCAGUGAUUUCUUCAGCUAUUAUGACAGUCACCGACGCAGUGUCAACAAGCUACAAAAUGUAGAACAACUUCCCCCAGAUGAGAUAAAAGAGUUGUGUCAAUCUGUGAUGCCUGCUGGUGUUGAUAAAAUUUCUACUGCACAGAAGUAUGUUCUAGCAAGACGGCGUUUGGUAAAGUUGAUCAACAAUCGAGCUAAACUUCUUUCCCUUUGUUCUUUCAUCAUAGAGACCUGUCUCUUUGUUUUUUGGCGCCAUCUGGAGUACUACUUGUUACAUUGCACACCCACAGAUUCCCAAGAUUCCUUGUUUGCCUCCAAGACGUUAUUUAAAAGUAGAAGAUUACAAGAUUCCUUCUCUUCAGAACCCAAUCUAGACUUCAGAAAUAGGCUGACUUCAGUGAGCCAACAUGAUGUAGAGCAGCUUCAGUCUGAUGCCAUCAAUGCUUUUGGAGAAUCACUACAGAAGAAACUUCUGGAUAUCGAAGGAUUAUAUUCAAAGGUUCGAUCCCGCUAUAGUUUCAUACAGGCUCUUGUCAGGCGCAUCCGUGGCCUGCUGAGGAUUUCUAGGAACUGAGGCUACUGACAUUCUGCUGUGGAGGAAAUGAACUGAGGGUUUAUAAAAAUAAGCCCUUUUUAUACAUGGGUUUGUUUCUAAAUUAUGAUUGAAAAAUAUUCUGCUAUUUCUUUAUACAUGUACAUCUUUUCUGAAAACUUGGCCUCAUUUCACCUUCACUUGUGGAAAAUAAAAUACUUUUUAAAAAAA